UGUUAGUGCUUAGUAUAUUUAUAGUCAUAGUGGCUGUAUGGCGAUACACCAUAAUGCUACGUUGAUAUUCGGUCUAUGAAGUGAGUCAUUCAAGUGCAGAUAAAGUUUGGAUUGAACAAGCUGCCUUACGAUAGAUUAUCUUUAUUCAGUGUCGUGCUGCCGUGUAAAUAUUGGAUAAAAUGAAGUCCGUGUAUUUAUCAUUGUUGUUUGUUUGUUUGGUGUUUGAUCGGAUGCUGAAAUCGAUAACAACACACGAUAUUGCCCCCAUAAGAAUCAAAGCUCUGUCCAUGGACCGUUUGUGUACCCCUUGUUUAGAAGGCCAGUUUCAAUGCAGGAACUGUAGAUGCAUUAUGUCAGAGUUUGUCUGUGAUCUGGAGGAUGACUGCAUGGAUAAUUCAGAUGAACUGGCCAACUGCACUAGACACCGAUGUUCAGGUGACCAGUUUCAAUGUAAUAACGGCCUGUGUAUUCCCAACCAUUGGCUCUGUGAUGGCACUUCCCUCUGUCCUGACGGCUCAGAUGAGACGUAUUGUCACACAAGAAAUCUUAUUCAGCCAAACUGUACAAAGGUCGAGUUUCUGUGUCCCGCAACAAACCAUUGCAUUUCACUGGCAAGAUUGUGUGGUGGUUACGAUUCGUGCGAUUUGAAAGGAGUACAAGACCCAUGUCCUACGUUUCUUCACAAUAUGACGGCAUGCCCUGUCUCACACUGCCCACGUGGACCCGAGUAUAUGUGCACCAUUACUGGGACACCACAGACGGGGAUACAUCUACUGUGUAACUGUAGGAAAGGGUUUAUUGUCGAUGUAAGAGACACGAGCAAGUGUAUAGAUUUUAACGAGUGUGACACAUACGGUACGUGUGAACAGAAGUGUACAAACCAACACGGCAGUUUCCGCUGUUCUUGUCGACACGGUUACAGGCUGCAAGGGGUCGGCAAAUGUAUAGCAGCAAGAAACGAUCCUGUUUUAUAUGUGAGUUCCACUCAAAACCUUUUACAAAUGUCGAUGGACGGUAACGAUGUCAAGCAAAUAAUAAACGGAUCCAUCUUGAAAUUUGAACUGGACAUUUCAACACAGAACUUGGCAGUGUUUUGGAUUAACUUGGAUUCUAAGAAGGUAUUUAUCACAUCAAACGGCGAUAGCACAGAGUUACCAAUAAAAGGAUUGAUGUCCCCCUGUGACCUGGCUUGGGACUGGCUGGCAAGAAAUCUCUACAUAGCCGACUGUGGGGGAAGGAAGGUCACCUUGUUAAGCUUGAGUUCAAAGAGACAGAAGAAUAUAAUUAACGAUGGCAUACAAAGUAUUCAGGCAAUAGCUGUGGACCCAAGAACAGGCUACUUAUUUUACUCGGACUACGGUCAAUCCCCAAAAAUUCAGCCUCGAAUAGUUCGUACGUUUAUGGACGGGAGUAGACGCUUUGACAUCAAGAUUGGAAGAGUUUUAUCUGUCAUUACCAUCAGUAUUGAUGUUGCUGCAAAAAGAAUAUACUGGGCCGAUAACAAGCUCAAUACAAUUGACUCGUCUGAUUAUAACGGCCUUAAAAGAGUUCGGAUUGUUUCUGGAAGUCGAACAAUUCCUUCUCCAGUUGCCAUAGCAAUGUUUGAGAACGAUUUGUACAUUGCUGACACAACGAAAAUGGCAAUUUUGAAAGCGAAAAGAUUCAAUGUUGAUCAGCAGAACGUAAACGUCAUAUCAAAAUUCAACACAGAAUUGACCUCCAUAAAAGUUCAUCACCCAGUCUUACAAAACUUGGGAGGCAGAGAGCAGCAUAUAUGCGAGAACGCAGGGUGUGCACAUCUAUGUGUGUUAACCCACACGUUUGAUAAUGAUGAUCGGGGAUAUCGAUGUAUGUGUGAGGCCGGAUUCCGACCAUACUCGAAUAUAACGUCAUGUCGAUCAUUUGACGAGUUCCUAAUACUUGUCACAAAACAUUCUAUUCGUGGAAUUCCUCUCGAAGGGGCACUAAGUCACUCGGUCGAUGCCAUGUCUCCAGUGAUUGGUCCACGUGGCACCAAGACCGGAAAUAGCUUUGUAGCCGUUGAUUACGAUGCAAACAGUGACGAACUGUACUUCUCGGAUAUUUACAAUAGAGCCAUAUUCAAAACGGAAAUAAACAGCGGGGUUAUUUCAUACGUCAUGACCAACGAUAUCAGAUCAGUUGAGGGAAUAAGCUUGGACUGGAUUUCCCGCAACCUUUACUUCACCGAUUUUAUAGCAAAGACGCUUUCAGUCGUUCGCGUAGAUCAGCGGGAUCAACCGCGUGUUCUCCUUACUGAUCUUGGUAGUCCUCGUUCCGUGGUUGUACAUCCAACAAGAGGAUACGUUUUCUUUGCUGAUUGGCUAAAAAACAAAAACAACUUUCCUUACAUUGGUCGUUGUCAAGGAGACGGUAGUCACAUGAUCAAAAUUCAUCGAUAUGAACUCGGAUGGCCAAAUGGGAUGUGCUUAGAUCUGAAAAAAGAUCGGGUGUUUUGGGUUGACGCUUAUUUCGAUAGGUUACAACAUACCAACCUGGAUGGCAACGAUCUACAGACAGUGGAUACAGUGAAACUGGUCCAUCCUUUUGGUGUUGGAAUAUUUAAAGGUUUUAUAUAUCUGACGGACUGGAAACUACAAACAAUUACAAGGGAGAAGUUGUCAGACCCCUCCUCUUCUACAAUGCUUCUAGAGGGUGUGGAAUACUUACGAAGUCUCAGGAUUUUCUCUCGCAGUCUUCAGGAAGUUCCAGACCAUCAUCCUUGCAAAUUCAAGAACGGAGGCUGCUCUCACUUCUGCUUUCCUGUUCCAAGCAACUCUUCCAAUAGCCGAGCGAUUACAAAGAUGUGUGGAUGCCCAUUUGGGCAAAAAAUAGCAAAGGAUGGCAAACAUUGCGAAUAUAAUAUGGAUGAAGUGAAAAUACAUGGCUUUGCAGGUUGUGGUAAAUCAGUGGCGUUUGAAUGCAAGACAGGACGAUGCAUUUCAGGGAGCUUUAAAUGCGAUGGCGAUAAUGACUGUUUUGACAAUAGUGAUGAAACAAACUGUUCACUUCCUGCCUCUUGUCAGUCGGGCCAGUUCCGGUGUGGUAACGGGAAAUGUUUAAAACCCCACUGGCGAUGUGAUGGGGAUGACGAUUGUGGUGACAUAUCCGAUGAGGCUGAUUGUCCUAACACGACGUGUGCCCCGCAUGAAUUCAAAUGUAAUAACUCUUUGUGUAUCCACAUACUGCGGAAAUGCGAUACAGUGAAUGAUUGUAAAGAUGGUUCUGAUGAAGGAACGUUCUGUGAGUACCACACAUGUCCAGCUGGCCAUUUUCAGUGUCAUGAUAGGCGCUGUCUACGUGGUAUGACAAGAUGUGACGGUAUUGAGCAUUGUCCUACAGGGGAAGAUGAACUUAAUUGUCCUCCGCUUGAAUGUCCAGGCGAUGGCUGGCGUUGUGCCACUGUUCGGCAAUGUGUUCCAAACCAGUACCGAUGUGAUGGUGCUGCAGACUGUAGGGACGAAUCCGAUGAAAAGAACUGUAGACCAAGACCAGCAGGCAAAUGCCAUAGCCACGAGUUUCAAUGCGGAAGCCAAGGAGGUUGUAUCCCCGCCAAGUGGGUUUGUGAUGGACAGGAAGAUUGUCGUGGUGGCAUGGAUGAGGCGAAAUGUAGUGAUACCACGUGUCAGAAAUGGGAUUUUAAAUGUGGAAAUGGCAAGUGUCUCCCCAGUAACGUUACCUGUAAUGGACGGGACGACUGCGGCGAUAACAGUGAUGAGGAUCAGGCUAAGAUAUGUCAGCGCAAUGAGUGUGACGUCGACAACGGAGGUUGUAGUCAUGGUUGCGAGAACACACCCACGGGAGCAUCUUGCACGUGCCCACAAGGACAGCGCCUCAAUGGAUCAACGAUUUGUGUUGAUAUCGAUGAAUGCCUCGAACCAGGUAUUUGCGACCAGAUCUGUGUAAACGUCAAGAAUUCCUACAAAUGCAACUGUGCAGAAGGCUACAGUAUGUCGUCCAAUGGAUGCAUUGCUCGGUCAGAUAAUUUCACCUGGUUUGUGACGAAAAGUGAUCGGCACGUUCAUUUUACCGACGGUAGAUUAUCCAAUGAAACCAAGUUUAAUUCAUUCUUCAAUUUUGGAAUGUCACCUAAUGCAAUCGAUGUGUUCUUUCGUGUUCAAAAACUGUACAUGGCAGAUAAAGACCAAAAUAUAUACUCUUCGGAUCUGAAAGGAGAUAACAUUUCAAUGGUUUUUCCAACGUCAGGUCCUAUAGGGGAUUUAGCAGUUGACUGGAUCGGAGAAAACCUCUACUGGACGGAUACAAAUCUAGAAACAGUGAAUGUGGGUAGUCUAUCACGAUUAGUGAGAAUAACUUUAUUUUCCACCAAUGUUAGUAGUCCAAAGGGAAUCGCCGUGGAUCCUAGUGAUCGUCUUCUGUUCUGGGUAGACACCGGGUCCCAGCCCUGGAUUGAGAGGGCUGGUUUGGACGGUUCAGACAGAGUUGCAAUAAUUACAACAGAUAUGCAUUACCCAACAAGUAUAACUAUCGAUUACCCUGCAAAACGGUUGUACUUUCUGGAUGAGAAAUUAGGAUAUUUUGAGUUUUCUAACUACGAUGGAAGUGGCAGAAAAAAGGUUUAUCAUGAUUUCAAAAAAGCUAUGGACAUUCUUGUUUUUGAGCAGUCGCUUUAUGUAACAGCAUCUUCCAUAGAAAUGUGCAAUAAAUUCCACUGUUCUUCAAGCACUAGUAAUUCCACCAGUCGGAGACUCGGCCUUCUAAAUUCCCGCUACGACAAUAGAAGAGAUAUAACCUUGUAUCAUCCCAUGAGGCAACCUUCCGUCCCAAAUCCAUGUGCAGAGAACAUUUGUAGCCACCUGUGUCUUUUAUCUCCGACGUCUGUAACGGCAUUUACGUGUGCUUGUCCGUUCGGUAUGAGACUUGCAAAUGAAAACGCUUGCGUUGACGAGGUAGCUGAUUUUCUCGUAGUUGCUUACCAGAAAGGAAUAGCGCUGUAUAACAUUACUGGAUCAUUUCGAUACGAAUUGCCAAUGUUUCCAAGUUCGACUAUGAAAAACGUGGUUUCUAUAGCUUCAAAUGAUAUCAGGAAGGAACUGCUAGUGAUACAAAAUUCGGACAAGGAGAAGCUAUCCUUGAAAAGAGUUGAUGUAUUCCAAGGAAACAGAAGUUCCUUCUCUGAGCAUACGUUUGUUGGAGAACCAUCGAGUGUUGCAUAUGAUUCUGUAACGGGAAACUUGUGGAUGACGAAAACAGACGAAGGAACAAUAGUCGUUUCCAGGCGCGACAUUGAUGGUGAUACAACUUACAUGAAGGUCGUUCUGAGCAACAUGGGUAGAAACACAGAUUGCGUGGCUCCAACUGCUAUAGCAAUCAACGUCAAAGUUGGAAAAGUAUUUUGGACUGACAAUGGUGGUGAAGGCAAUAGACCGAAGAUCGGCGAGAUGCUUAUGAAUGGUGAUCGACGUCGAAUUGUGACCCAAAGGAGAGUGGACAGGCCAGUUGCUAUAGCUGCUGACGUCAUAAGAGGAGAUUUGUUCUGGAUGGAGGAUCGAAGGCAUGAGAUAAUGAAGUGGACUGCUUCAUCCAGGCGUGUAACAGUUUUGGUUGCUUCCGUUCCAUCGUCACGCGCGAUGGUAUUCGACACUGGGCUACUUUUCUUCGCGGAUCGAUUCGAGCAUUCUCUUAAAUUGGUCCUAGCAUCAAGACGCAGGGUUUAUACAGUGAAAAGCAUCGUUCGUGAUAUAACAGCAUUAGCCAUUUACAAUAUGAACAAAAAAGCUGAUGGUAUAACCAGUAAUCCAUGCAUCAAUUCGAACUGCAGUCACUUUUGUCUCAACACCGGUAAAUCCAGCAUGACAUGUGACUGUGGAAUGGGCUACACUGUCACUAAAGACGGUUCUUGCAAGGAAACCGACUCCUUUCUGCUGGUCUCUUUCACUUCACACAUUCGAGGAUUUUCCCUUAGCCGUGAUGACCACGAUGAUGCCAUAAUUCCAAUAAAAAGCGACUACAACAUCACGAAAAUGGACGUCCAUGUUGCUGGGAAACAUAUAUAUUGGAUACGAAAGGAACGAUUUGUAUCUAUGAAGGAAAGCAGACACGGAAUAUAUCGCGUAAUGUCAAAUGGAUCUGAGUAUGGUCCUGUUAUAGAUAGAUCCAUCGGACAGGAGGGGAUAAAGGACUUGACUAUUGAUUGGAUAGCAGAAAACAUGUACUUUAUCAACGCAUAUACGGCUGAGUCCUUGAUUGAAGUCAGCCGUUUAGAUGGACGCCAUAGACUGACGAUUUUUCAAAAUAGAACAUCACGUCCGUUAGUUCUUGCUGUUAACCCUAAUCUCAGGUAUUUGUACUGGAUUGAUGCUGGGCAGACAUCUUCACUAUGUAGAAGCAAUCUAGAUGGUUCCGGGCAGCAGAACUUGGCAUCUUUGCGAUCGACAUAUACACCGACGUCGCUUGUGGUUGAUAUCGUUACGAAUAAUAUAUUUUGGUCAGAUUCAUUGGCAGGAGAAAUCAUGAAAGCUUCAUACGAUGGGACAAGCCAUGCGAUAGUGUACGGAGGCGUUAUCGACCCGCUUGGCAUUGAUGUUUAUCGGUCUUCAAUAUUUUGGGCAAGCGGACAAAAGAAUACGAUUUAUAAGGCCAAUAACAGUCUGACACAAGACACAUAUCCAAAGGUUUUACGAAGUGGACUCAAUAACGCAGGAACGUUGGGAUCGAUUAAAGUAUUCCAUCGGUCCAAACAACCAAAAGGUUCGAGUCCAUGUUUACUAAACAACGGAGGCUGUGAGCAUUUGUGUUUUGCAAUGCCCGAUGCUGUGGCUGCUACAUGCACGUGUAGUUAUGGCAAACUCAGAGCAGAUAACAAAUCUUGUGAAGCUCUCAAAACGUUUCUGGCAGUUUUGACUGUGAACUCAAUAGCUGGAGUUGACCUUGACAUGAACAACACGGUUGAGGCCAUACAACGGAUAAACACAACGUACUAUAACUCCAUUGAGUUUAUAUAUGAACAGAAUGCGUUUCUGGUAGGAGAUCAACGACGUUAUAAACUCGCUAUGAUCACAAACAUAACUGGCGAUCCAAAAGUGGAAUAUUUUGAUGAGAGCGUAAUAACAAGCAACAUUAUAACCUAUGACUGGAUUGAGGAAAAGGUCUACUGGGCAGAUCAUAAAACCAUCUAUAUGAGAUAUAUGAAUGGAUCAAUCUCUGUUUCACCCAUUACACCAUCUGCACAGAUCCACUCCCUCGUUGUUCACCCUUGCAAAAGGUAUAUCUUUUGGAGUCAGGCUUAUGGAGAAAUUUUACACAGGGCGAACCUUGACGGUACACAGCGCCUGUAUUUGGGAGGAGAAAAAAAGAGAUGGAACAUAAGAAUUGACAUUAAAAGCCUUUCCAUUGAUUUUGAAGCAGACUUUAUCUACUGGAGGACUCAAAGGCAUACCAGUAUUCAACGGUGUGAUUUUGACGGAAAAAAUUUGAAAACAAUUGUAUCUUACGGAGCUCACAAUACCAUAGCUUUACACGGGGAUUAUCUGUACUGGUCUAAUGACAUAAAAGGUGUAAUAUAUAGAGUGAAUAAAAACACUGGCGAAGACAGACAUGUUGUCAGCGAUGUAUUGCUGGACCGUCCAGGGCCCCUUAUUGUGUUCAGAAACAGAUCUGAUAUAUGCAAAGCGAAACAUCCCUGUUCAGAUAACAACGGCGGAUGCAGUGACGUAUGCUCGGCCGAUGUUAACGGAACCGUUACGUGUAGUUGUUCUUCGAUGCUUCAAAAGCUUGGAGAAGACCAGAAGUUGUGCGUUGUAAUUAGUGAUAAUUGUACAGACGUCCAGUUUUCCUGCUCAAACAAUACAUGUAUCAGCAUUUUGUAUCUUUGUGACGGUAAGAAGGACUGCGAUAAUGACGAAAACGAACAGCUGUGUGCUACACUGACCUGUGGUGAGGGAUAUUAUAAGUGUGAUGGAGACCGAUGUAUACCAAACAACUUUCAAUGUGACUAUGAUCUGGAUUGUCCCAAAGGGGAUGAUGAACUGCCUUGCGAUUAUCCUCCCUGUCUCAACGGGACGUUUAUGUGUAAAAACAAGCGUUGUAUUGAUGAGGGAUUGGUGUGUAACGGCAUAGAUAACUGUUUCGAUGGUAACGCUACGGACGAAACAGAUUGUCCUGAGGUCGAAUGCGGAAACGAUCUUGUUAAGUGCCCCGGAGCUAAUCUGUGCAUAUCGAGGCGACACCUAUGUGAUGGAGAUGACGACUGUGGGAACAAUGCAGACGAGAGUGGAGUGUUCUGUAGAAACACUUUAUGUGCUGAAGACGAGUUCAAGUGUGAAGGAAGCGGCAGAUGUAUACCGAACUCCUGGGUAUGUGAUGGAGCUACGGACUGCGAUCAAGGCCUAGACGAGCCACCCAAAAGGAUCUGUGAGAACAUAACAUCAUCAUGUAGCGACAAUGACUUCAGAUGCGCUAAUGGCAAGUGUAUAUCGACCCUGUUUGUGUGCGAUGGUAUCGACGACUGCGGGGACAACACUGACGAAAAACACAAGCUGAAUUGUAGUUCAAGACCAUGUCCACCAGACAGCAUUACCUGUAAGAGGAACAAGGGUCUCAAUCUUUGCACUUCAUCAGACAAGGAGUGCAUCACCUUUUUCCACUGCUUCGGUGAAGAAGAUGAAUCCAACUGCACGGUGGCUCCUUGUGACGAGGGUUUCUUUACCUGCCACAGUGGGGAAUGUGUUCCAGAUAAGGUCACGUGUGACCACGUGUUGGACUGCGAGGACGGUUCGGAUGAAAACCCAGAGUGUAAUUACAAGGACUGCACGGGUGCCCAGUUCACAUGUGGAAACAAGAAGUGUAUCCCAAAACACUGGGUCUGUGACAAGGAGGACGAUUGUCCGGAUUCUUCCGAUGAGAUCCCUUCACUUUGCGUUAAGUCGAGGACCUGUGAGGAGGGGAAGUUUCAGUGCAAGAAUGGACAUUGUAUUAACCAAUCAAAACUGUGCGAUGGAAACAGAGACUGUUCCGAUUGGUCGGAUGAGAAACUUUGUGAUAUCAAUGAGUGUGGUAAGAACGAAACAAACCAGUGUUCGGACAUCUGUAUUGACCUAAUAUCCGGGUACGAGUGCCGGUGUAGCCCGGGGUUCAGACUUCUACACGACAAUCACACUUGCAUAGACAUCAAUGAGUGUGUGGAUGUCGCGGGGACUUGUAGCCAAGGGUGUGUCAAUACCAUAGGCAGCUAUCACUGCAAAUGUAAUCCCGAGUAUGCCAAGCGAGAAGACGGGAGAAGCUGCAAGAAACGCGACAAGGUUACUCCUUGGCUCAUAUUUACAAAUCGUUACUACAUACGAGAACUUACAACGGAUGGGAACAACUACCAAAAAAUCGCAGAAAACUUUGGAAAUGCUGUUGCGAUGGACAUUUUAUACGCAGAAGAGCUACUUUUCUUUACGGAUGUUUCUGCAAAAGAACUUAAGAGUAUGCAUUUAAAUGGAUCGAACACGAAGACGGUAAUUUCAGGUGGAUCUUUGUCAUUCGAAGGCAUCGCUGUUGACUGGAUUACUAGAAAGCUGUAUUGGAUUGACGCAAAAAGAAUUUCUGUCCUGGUGUCAAACUUGAAUGGAACACAUAUGAAAACCUUGCUGAAGAAAACCUUUGUCAAAAGGCCGAGAGCACUUGCUGUCAAUCCGUUUAAUGGAUAUGUUUACUGGAGUGACUGGACACGCGACUCAUACAUCGGAAGAAUGGCAAUGGACGGAGGGGGCCCGAUCAAACUGAUCACCAAAAAACUAGGCUGGCCUAACGCUCUUACCCUGGAUUACGAAACAGGUCGCAUCUGGUGGGCGGAUGCUCAUUUAGAUUGGAUAGAGUUUGCAGAUGCAGAUGGAUCUAACCGUCACUUAGUCAGAAGAAAUACACCUCACCCGUUUGCAAUUGCUGUAUUUGAGGACUGGCUAUACUGGUCUGAUUGGAAUCACCUCACGAUCGAGAAGUGUAACAAAUACACAGGGGAAAAUUUGACUGUCCUAUUGAACACCACACACAGACCUAUGGAUAUACAUGUCUACCAUCCACUUAAACAAAAGCCAGGCAAGAAUCCAUGUGGUGAUAACAACGGCGGGUGCAGCCAUUUGUGCUUGAUAGCGGAAGGUGGACAAAACUACACUUGCGCAUGCCCAAACGACUUUGUCCUGCAAAAUGACAACAAAACUUGUACCUCCAACUGUUCAACCACGCAGUUUCUGUGUGGUCCAAGGGACGAAAGAUGUAUCCCUCGUGUCUGGAAGUGUGAUGGAACGUAUGACUGUAGAGACAAAAGCGACGAACCAAAAACAUGUCCUGCAGUGAAGUGUUCCCCUGGCCAGUACCCUUGCAGAAACGGUAAAUGUGUGUAUGACUUCCAAGUAUGUGACACAGUGGAUAACUGCGGGGAUCAUUCCGACGAAGAAGGGUGUGAGGACCACACAUGUAAAUCAUGGGAGUUUCAGUGCCAUAACCAUAAAUGUAUUCCUGACGGAUGGAAAUGUGACGAAGCAGACGAUUGUGGGGAUAACAGUGAUGAAAAAUCAUGUCGAAAACGAAAAUGUGAGGACGACAAGUUCAGCUGUGACAAUGGACGCUGUAUACCUCUUUCAUACCAGUGUGACUUUGACGAUGAUUGCGGAGACAACAGCGAUGAAAAAGCAGAAUUUCAUUGCCAAAAUCGAACAUGUAAGCAAGGCUGGUGGAAGUGCGAGGCAAACUACCGAUGUAUCCCUGACUGGUUGAGAUGUAAUGGGCGGGAUGAUUGUCGAGAUAAUUCGGACGAGGAGAUAAGCCAGUGUCCCAAAUGCCAUCCCACUGGAGACUUUCAGUGUAAAAAUAAAAGGUGUGUACCCAAGAGAUGGAUGUGUGAUUUUGACAACGAUUGUGGGGACCAUAGUGAUGAGGACAUUGAUAUGUGCGCACCUUUAUACCGGAAGUGCUCAGAAACGGAAGUACGAUGUAGCAACGAGAAAUGUGUUCGACGGAAAUGGUUAUGUGACCAUGACAACGAUUGUGGAGAUAACUCGGAUGAAAUAACAUGUGCAAACACAAUGAUGUGUGGCAGUGGCCAGUUUCGGUGUAGCAACAUAUCGCAAUGCCUUGAUGCACAGUAUGUAUGUGACGGUUUCCCACAAUGUCCAGAUGGCUCCGAUGAAUUAAAUUGUUCAAAAGAGAAGACACCUUGUGCCAGUAAACAUUUUACCUGCAAAAAUGGGCAAUGUAUUCCGCAUAUCUGGGUUUGUGAUGGUCAUUCGGACUGCAUGGACCAAUCAGACGAGCUUCUUGAAUCAUGUGAUCAGAUCAUGUGUCCAACAGAUACGCACAUGCGGUGCAAACAUGGCGCAUGCCAUCAAAAAUGGCAAGUCUGCGGCAAGCUCGUAGACUGUGAUGUAGAAGAUAUUGAUACCAAAUGUAAAAUUCCAGAGACAGAAUGCGGGCUGGAUUUUCUCAGGUGUAAAAAUAGCAAGUGCGUUCACGCUUCACUAAUUUGCAAUCACGUGGACGAUUGUGGGGAUGCAACGGACGAGACAAAUUGUGGUGAUAGUGAAAAAGAAUCCGUUUGCUCCGUUGACAAUGGAGGUUGUCAACAAAAUUGCACAGAUGUCAAGGACGGUCACUAUUGCUCGUGUUUCCAUGGUUAUAGAACCAGUGGUAAAGAUGUGACCAUCUGUGAAGACAUUGAUGAAUGUACAUUGCAUGGUAACUUCUGUCCUCAGCUAUGCAAUAAUGUAAAGGGCUCUUUCAAGUGCGAGUGCGCCCCAGAUUUCCGCGAUGACAAAGGGCAAGGCAAGGAUUGCAAACCGGACGAUUUAAGUCGCACCAUGUUCUUUUCUACUCUAACCCAAAUCAGACGAUACCGACCAGACAAAAAACAAUACUCGGGAUCUGUUGUUGAUGGCCAACAUGUCACUGCUAUGGAUGUUGACAUUGAAAAACAUUUGCUCUACUGGACAGAUGAAAUACAAAGGUCAAUAUUCCGAACGCCGAUGCCAGAACGACCAGAUCAGAACGGCAUUCCACAGAACAUUGGAGUCAACGCUUCCAGACCCUUUGCAAUAGCCAUUGAGUGGGCGGAGGAUAACAUAUAUUGGAGCGACCUCACCCUUGGAUCGAUAUCAGUGUCGACUUUUGACGGAAGGUACCAACACACAGUUGUGUCUAGGAUAACACAGCCCCUAGCUAUUGCCCUCAAUCCAGAACUAGGCUUGCUAUACUGGGUAAACGCAGAUCCGUGGCAUCCAAGGAUUGAGAUGGCCUGGAUGGACGGUUCUCAUCGCAGCGUUCUUGUUACGGAGCGACUCGUUCGUCCGUCCGCCCUCACCAUCGACUAUCUGAUGUAUGAUAGGGUGUAUUGGGCGGAUUAUAAGCUUGGAGUCAUUGAAUCCAUUAAGCAUGAUGGAACUGAUCGAGUGGUGCUGAUCAGAAAAGUGCAUACACCGGUCAGUCUUGACGUUUUUGAAAGCAAGAUUUAUUGGAUAUCUCGGGAGAAUGCUUCCGCACAUUAUAUAAAUAAAUUUGGCUUUGGUAACAGCACGGUGCUCCAGACGAAUAUACCGUACCCAAGUAGCGUCCGUGUCUUUCAUAGACUCCGCGUUGACUUGCAUAUCAAACCGCGAUGCCCAAGGUCAGGAGAAAAGUGUAGUCAUAUUUGCCUGCUUAUUCCGGAUGGAUUCAAGUGCGCAUGCCCAGACGGGACUACUUUUCUUCCGGGAAGCAAGUUUACCUGUGAUGCGGCCCGAGAAGUCGUCAAACCGGAGCCACAGGUCUGCGCGUGUUGGAAUGGUGGAGAUUGCAUCAAGAUGGAUAACGACACAUUCACGUGUGCCUGCAAAGAUGGUUUUAGUGGCCAUCUGUGUGAAUUACAAGAGCCAAAACCACUUACUUCAACCAGGUCUAACAAUCAUUUGCUCGUCAUUUUUAUCCCCAUGGGGUGUGUGAUGUUUGUUGUGUUGGUCAUCGGUAUUGCAGUUUUGAUCAAAUGUAGAAGACGACUUUACGGUAACCAUGGCGAAGCCAAGGGUGCGUAUACUAAUGGUGAUGGUGCCCAGGUACAGCCCGACCUCCAGGUCCCCUCCUCCACGUCGACGGGCUCCAAUGAUCAUGCCAGCACCAACUUUUCAAACCCGGUAUAUGAGACAUUUCAAGGCGAAGAACCAGGUACGGACAUGAAGGAAGUCGGCAAAGGAGCUAAUUCAUUGGACAACGAUGUACCAAUGGGAAAACAGCUAGAUCGUAACACAAUGAUGGACGUGUCUGAAGUAACCAACCAGGAUAACGAUUACAACUUUGGAGCAGAUGACCUUAAAACAUCCGUAUAAGUUGAUUAAUCAGAACAGCAAUUACUGAUCCACUUUCGGUUACAUGUUUUGAAACUUAUGCUGCCAUACUUUAUAGACUUACCUGUUUGAUCUGUUUCGACUCGUACUCAAAUAUAGGAUUAUUGGUACAUGUAAAGUGUGAACAAACGAACGCUUCUUACAGAGGCCAGCUGCAAGAUCUAAAACAGAAGAAAACGUGCUUUCUCCACAGUUUAUUAAAAUAUCAAAUUACCAAACAUGACAUUCCGAAGCACCUUAACUAGUAUCUUUACGAAACACCUCAUUAUUUUGCAUUUACUGUGGUAGAAAAAACACGUACAUAAAGCCGUUGCAGGUAUAUUUUUAGUAUAAUUAUUCAUACAUAUUUGUUAUUUUACCUUGUGCUAACAGAAAAUUACAUGUAAUAAGACACGAGGUACAGACUGGUGUAAAUUAGUGACCGUCGGUUUUCAUGAAGAAUGAGGACACUAUAUAUGUUAACAUUUUUUUCUAAAAUGCGUGGAUUAGUCACACCAUGAUCCUGACUGGUAUACAAGUGUUAUGAAGAAUGGACUACAGUAGCCACCACAUGGCUGCUACGCAACGCUGGUCACAGCGAGUAUUUGUGUUAUAUAAUUAACGAUUGACAUGCCAAUAUUGUGUUCUUUGCCUCUGAUUGAGCGUGUGUAAAUAUAUGCUGAUUAUACAAAUUUAAUUAUGAAUUCAUGAAUUCCAUAGUGUAGUGGUCUGCAUAAUCUGAUAUGCUCCGCCUACCAGCUAGUAGUCCGUGAAUAACAUUCACGCAUUAUAUUCAUGCAUUUCAAGAAUCAUAGUUAGUUGUUGCUAAACUGAUGUACAGAAUAAACUUAUUAUACCAAUCCUG